AUGUCUCACGGACAACCUACCGCCCUCCAUGCUGCCCUAAGGACUAUCGAUAACCUUUUGGAGGAUGCAUCUCUUACAGUCCAGGCUAUCAAUCGUUCCUGGGGGCCUUUGCCAAAGACGACGGAGGACUUCAAACAGGCCGAAGCUACAUCAAUGAUAGCCAGUGAUAUUGAGGCUGUUCGUGCCCAGAUCAAACGAGGACUACCCAUCGAAGGCGAUCCUGGAGAAAUCGCCGCCUCUGUGUUGGAUGUUGCCAAGGCAGGUUCCCCAUUUGCGACUGAGGGGAUCCAUGAUCGCAAGUUCGCGCUCGAAUACAUUCUCUCUUUUCUCUCUCGUGCGGACCCACGAGUCGGAGGGAAAGUUGAACAUCUGGCCAUUCGAACUCUCUACUAUGACCUUUCUCAUCCACCUGCCACGAACAUGGGCCAAAAGUAUCAGUUCCGUUCUGCGGAUGGAUCAGGUAAUAGUGCCUACGACCCAGAUAUGGGCAAAGCCUUCUCGCCGUAUUCUAGGAGUUGCAGUGGCUCGCGGCCGUUACCAGACUCGGAGUUACCUGAUCCUGGUUUGGUAUAUGAUGCAAUUAUCAAAAGGGAUCCUACCAAGUUUACUCCACAUCCUGCUGGGUAUAGUGGGCUAUUUUUCAGUUUUGCGACGUUUGUCGUUCACAGCGUAUUCCGGACGAGUCGAACGGAUUUUAAUAUCAACGAGACGUCGUCUUACGUUGACCUGGGCAUUUUGUAUGGGAACACGCAGGCCCAUCAGGAUAAGAUUCGUUACGUAGACGGUCGUGGAAGGAUCCUUCCUGAUGUUUAUGCUGAAUUCCGCCUCAUCAACUUGCCUCCUGCUGUGAACGCGCUUAUCAUCUUGUUUAGCCGCAACCACAACUACAUUGCCGAUAUGUUGCUUCGUAUCAACGAGCGCGAAACGUGGACCCAGGAUAUUCAGAACCUGAACAAGGAAUCGCUUGUCAAACAAGACUACGAAAUUUUCAAUACUGCACGCCUCAUCAACUCUGCGACUUUCGCGUUUGUCAUCCUUGGAGAUUACCUCGCUGCUAUUCUGGGCACUGUACGAGAUGGAUCCAGCUGGACGUUGGAUAUCAGCGAUGAGAGGAGGGAGAGUGAUCAUCAACUCUUGGGAAGAGGACGAGGGAAUUCUUGUUCGGUGGAAUUUAAUACGCUUUAUCGUUGGCAUUCUGGUUUAAGUGCUGAGGAUGCGGAGUAUAAUGAGCGAGUUUUCCAGUACUUGUUUGCCAAGGAACCCGGUGUGCCUGUUGACUUUGACAAGAUUACUCCCGCGGAUUUCGAGUACGUUCUUGGAAAGAGAGCCAUGGCUGCUACGUACAGCCGCCUACGAGAUAAGGACGGCAAGCCUGCUCCAUUACCCAAUUUUGAUCACCUUACGCCCCGACAAGUCGAGUCUCUCAUCGACGAUAGCAAACCUGUGGACUACCUUCUCGACCAGUGGUCUUUCAAAGGAUUCUCGCUCCCAGGAUCCAGAACCUUUGAAAGGAAUCCGAGAGAUCCGAAGACGAAAAAGUACAAGGAUGAUUUGCUGGCGAAUGCGUUGUUGAGCGCUACCUCGGUCCCUGCUCAUAUAUUCGGAGCUAGAGGUGUACCUGGUGCGUUGCGAGUCAUCGAGAUUCUGGGCAUUCAACAGGCUCGAUCGUGGGGAACUUGUUCCCUUAACGAGUUCCGAAGGUUCUUAGGCCUGGAGGCGUAUUCAACGUUCGAAGAAUGGAAUCCGGAUAAGGAAGUGGCUGAGGCUGCUCGUAAGCUUUAUGGGACGACGGAAAAUUUGGAAUUGUAUGUUGGCCUUGUAGCGGAGGAAGCCAAGCCUGUCAGGAAUGGCUCGGGGUUAUGUCCUUCAUGUGCGCGAUAUCUCUCCCUUUUCCCUAAAGUGGCCUGUAUCACUAAACAUUCGUUAUCGUCGAUGCUGUUGUUAUGGAUAUCAGACACCGUCUCCAGAGCGAUUCUAGCGGACGCUGUCGCUUUGGUUCGUGGUGAUCGUUAUUUGACAUUUGACUUUACACCUUUCAACUUGACAACGUGGGGUUUUGCCGAGGCUAACCGGAAUAUCACCAACGCCGCCUGGGGCGGUGUUCUUGGCCGACUUCUAGCCCGGGGUCUUCCUCGACAUUACGAUGCCACCUCGGUAUACACUCACUUCCCUCUCAUCACGCCCAAGGGACAACCAUAUUCGAUGGAUCACAUCCUCGCCAAAUUGGGGGAGGCGAAGGAAUUUACGUUCGAUAAGCCCACCAAGAAAGGUAUCCUUCGUGUCGUUGUGGAUCCUAAAGAUGUCGAGGCGGCUUUAGGGGACCCGCCGGUGGUUAUCCAGGGUCUUGUGACUCAGUACGUGAAGAACGUGAAAGACAUAGGUCUAACUCCUAGCUUCCUUACCGUUAUCGACGAUGCGGCAGCCUAUGCGCGUGUUACGGCUUUGGUGCAAGAUUACUUCGUUCCCGCUUCGGAACUUGAGAAGAAUGGAAAGUGGUUCUACGAGAAGGCGUGUCAGUUAAUCAGAGAAAAUUCGUAUACGGUGCAUUCCAAGGCUCCGAAGAGAGUUGAUGUUGUGAAGGAAGUGCUUAGGAUUAUCCCCGUGCAUUGGGCCGCUCAAGUUGCCGGACUCCCCGUCAAGACAGCGCAAGAGACGAGAGGGAUUUACUAUGAACAGCAAAUGUAUCAGAUGCUGAAGGAAAUCUAUUCGUACAUCUUCUUGGAACCCGAACCAUCUUUGAAGAUUCCUAACCAAAGGGAAGCUCGCGAGAACGUUGAUCGCCUGCGUCGAUUUGUGAAACUUAGCCUGACGGUGGCGAAGGGCGGUUUGUCUUCCUCGGUUUUGGGUGGCUUAGCGAGCAUAGUCCUUGGCGAAGGCAACCAGAGCGCCAACCCUAUCCUCAAGCGACUCCUCGCUCUUGGAUCACCAACGGAUGAACUUGCGAAUGACAUUAUUGCCGUCAUUUCGAGCGCCAUUGAGUUAUCUCAGGUCUUCACUCACGUCAUAAACUUCUACCUGCCUCAACGUCAGGAGGUGAAUGCAUGGAAGCCUUCUGCUACGGAACGCACUACUACGUCCCGAGGUGAAGGGGCUGCCAGUAACGUCGCUGCGGUAGCGGCGAGAGGUGGAGAUGAGAUCUCGUUGUGUACCCUUGAAGGGUAUGUUCUAGAGGCACUGCGCUUCGACCCUGUUACACCAGGUGUCUACCGUGUUGCAACCACCAAUAUCCGACACAUGAUGGCAAUGGUUUCCAGUGCGAAAGGCGAUAGAUUCUAUUUUGAUUUCACCAAGGCUGCUGUCGAUUCUAACGCCUUUGAUGACGCCUACCAAAUCAACCCCCAUCGCCACCCGGCCUCCUACACCAUCUACGGGGGCGAUGGAGUGUUUAAGACCCUUGGCCAGAAGUUUGUUGUAAGGGUUACUGCUGAGGUGCUUAGAGCCGUCUUCGAGCUCAGGAACGUACAAAGGACUCUGGGGAAGGAGGGGAUACUGAGAAGAUUCAAGGAGCCCGUUGUCACUGUGGACGAUAUCGUCACCGUUGAAACGACUCAGGUGCCCUUCAUGGAAGUGGAUUCGAAUGGAGUGCUCGUCGAUACCUUGUGGACGGAAGAGGUCAACGUUUACAAGUUGCAAUCUGGUAUUUCCAGGGAAGAAGGCAAGAUCCCGGCCGAACGUAUUAUAAUGAGCUCGCUUCGAGGGGAUGAGUAG